AUGAUGCGCGGUCUGCAGAACCUCGCAGCAGCUUGCGAGAGGCUGCCGAGCUAUGCGGACUACACCGCCAGCCAAGGACCAAAGGCGGCGCAUGAGCGCCUCUUCGGCUAUUCCCUGGCUGUCCCGAAGGGCAACAGGACCUUGAAGAAAGUGCCGACGUUGAGACGAGCGCCGCUCUCAAGCUCCGCGCCUGCGCUGCUGCGGCCGCUGCUGGAUCCGGCGGAGAUUGAAGCCAUCUCCAGGCCUGGCGGCACGGCGGUGAAGAUGAUGGACUCCGAGCUCCUGCAGCGAAUGAAGAACGUGGCGCGCUCCUCGCAGUCGCAGGUGCAGAUGUCCAUGGGCAGAGCUGACUGGACAACCACCGCCGGAGACAUGGCUCACGCGCUUGUGGCCUGA